AGGCGUGUUCAAAGUUAGGGCUGCUUUUCGUUUUUGUGGCUUUUCUCUUGGAAAGCGAUAAGCUGCGAAGCGAGGAGAGAUGGAAGUGGAAGCAGAGAAGGAGCCCGAGCACCACAACGAGGACAGCAACAGCAGCGGCUCGCAGUCGCUCAUCGAAUCCGCCGAUGGCCAUGGCUACACCCAGGAGCAACGCGAUCGCCAAGCUCGCGAGCUCAAAGCCGGCCUCCAUCCUCUCAAGUACAAGUUUGUUUUCUGGUACACUCGUCGAACUCCUGGAGUUAGGACGCAAACAUCAUAUGAGGACAAUAUAAAGAAAAUUGUUGAAUUUAGUACGGUCGAAGGUUUUUGGGUCUGCUAUUGCCACUUGGCUCGCCCUUCUGCUCUGCCAAGCCCAACAGAUCUGCAUCUUUUUAAAGAUGGAAUCCGUCCUCUAUGGGAGGACUCAGCCAAUUGCAAUGGUGGAAAGUGGAUAAUACGGUUUAAAAAGGUGGUGUCUGGCCGCUUCUGGGAGGAUUUGGUACUUGCCUUAGUUGGUGAUCAACUCGACUAUAGUGAUGACAUAUGUGGUGCAGUGUUAAGCAUUCGCUUUAAUGAAGACAUAUUGAGUGUGUGGAACCGCAAUGCUUCUGAUAAUCAGUCAGUUAUGGCUUUGAGAGAUUCUAUUAAGAGGCACUUGAAGCUUCCUCACAACUACAUUAUGGAGUACAAGCCUCACGAUGCUUCACUACGUGACAACUCGUCAUAUAGAAACACCUGGUUGAGAGGUUAAAAAGAUCUUAGGGUUCUGUCUUCUUAAGGUAGUCUGCAAUGAGGGUUGGUAGUCAUUUAACCAUGAUGUAUGGCACUAGCAGUUGAAUGCACCUUCAUUAAUCGCAGUACUUUCUGUUUAAAUUUUGAAGAUGCAAAUUGCAUUCCAAAUUGGAGUUAUUGAUAA